CUCUUGAAGUGGUAAGAUCGCGAUUCAACGUUUAUUUCAUAUUAUAAAUCUGUAGCUGCCUCAUAAAAUAGGAUAUCCGAAGAAAAUUUAACAUGAUAUUCAUAAAACUAUUAUUAAGUAGUAGUUUAAUAUACAUGACCGCAAUGACAAUAACGAUUUCUACUAAUGAUGAAAAAUCGGAUGUCGUGUGGCGCAAUGAAUUGAACUACAAUUUGUCAGACACUAUAUUGCCAUUACAUUAUUCAAUACGAGUUAUAUUUCUCCCUAAGCGGCCUCAUCUUAUCAGUGAAUGUAAAAUCAUUAUUAAUAUUAUGUUUGCAACACAACACAUAAAUUUUAAUUUACCGAAUUCGAAAUGUAUUCUAAUUGGAGCGAGCUUAAGACAAUUAUGUAAUGGAGGGGACUAUCCAAUUAAAUUACCAAUAUAUUAUGGAAAAAACAAUAUUGUCAUGUUAGACUUUGACGACUUUUUGUUACCUGGUACAUAUCUUUUGAAAAUCUAUUUCAUUAAUAAUAAUUUUACAAUAAACGUUUCUGAAAAUUACGAAAUUCCGUUUAUAAAGGAAGGAGAAGAUAGAAGAUGGUUAAUAGUAACAAAUAUUCAAACAAAAAAACAGCAAAUAUUUCCGUAUUGGAACAACCCAGAAUUGAAAGUUUAUUUUGAUAUUUCUAUAAACCAUCAUCGACAAUACACAGUUUUGUCAAAUAUGCCGAUACAAAUAUCUAAACCGGCGCUCUAUAAUACGAUGUGGACACAUUUUCACACGACUCCUUUGAUCUCCAUAGAUAGUAUAGUAUUAGUAGUAACUAAUUAUUAUCAGAUCAGUAAUGUGAUUAACAAUAAAACUGUUAGCAUGUUGUACAGACCGCAAUUGAAAUCGCAAAUGAAAUUUUCGCUAUAUAUUAUUGAAAAUAUUAUUAGAUACUUACAAAAUAAUUCGAUGUAUGUCUUUGAAAAGACUUAUGUUUUGUUUGAAAAGAAAGUGGAUGUAGCAAUCUUGGAUAUAAAAGAUGAAGUCAAACAGAAAUUGGGAUUCGUUUUUUAUAGAGAAGCAGAUAUUGUUUACGAUGAAAAAUUACAUCCUAUCAUAUACAAAAUAAGAAUUGCUCACAUUAUAGCACGUGGGAUGGCACAAAAAUGCAAUCUGUUGAGUCCAUCUUAUUGGUUUGAUCAAUGGUUAAACGAGGGCUUUAAAAUAUAUUUCGAAACAUAUAUCAUCGAGAAGGCUCUGCCAAAUUUCCCGAUGAUGGAUUUGUUUGUAGUUCAAGUUCAACAUGAAUUACUCGAUCUAAACACUUAUAUCGUUAUAAAUUAUGCUAUAGAAUAUAAUAUCUAUUCUGAAAAUUAUUACUCUUCUCUUUCCCACAACAAAGGUUUCAUUAUAUGGCGCAUGUUAGAAUUAACAUUUUCGCCUGAUAUAUUUUCAAAAAGUAUCGACAUAUAUUUGAAUAAUCAAUUCAGUGAGCCUGAAGCAACAACUUCCAGUCAUUUAUGGAAUGCUAUGCAAUCUGUCAUGAACGCAUUAAAUUACACAUUAGAGUUUAAUAUAAAAAGUAUGAUAGAUUCAUGGGCUACGCAGAGUUGUUUUUCCGUAUUAGAGGUGAUGCGAAAUUAUUCUAGCAAUACUGUAACUAUAUCGAUACGAUUUCACAACAAAUUAGAUGUAGAACAAUAUUAUAUACCUGUUACUUACACUACGGAAUCAAAACUCAAUUUUAAUAUAACUUGGACAAAUAUUACUUGGUUAACACCACGGCAUUCAGAAAUUAAAUUCUUUUUUGAGGAAGAUCAGUGGAUUAUUUUCAAUUUACAACAAGCUGGAUACUAUCGCGUCUAUUAUGAUACUGAGAAUUGGCGAAAAAUUGGGCGAUACUUGAAUUCUAAAGAAUAUGAGAAUAUACAUGUUCUCAAUCGAGCACAAAUUAUCGAUGAUGCAUUCCAUUUUGCGGUAGAGAAGGAACUUGAAUUCUCAGUAUUUUGGAAAAUUGCUCAAUAUUUGUCAAAUGAAAGAGAUUACAUAGCAUGGUAUCCUAUGAUCAAAGCUUUUGAAUUUAUGUCGAAUAUUUUCGUAUUCUUGUGGUAUUACCCUCAAUUCCAGGAAGUGAUAAGAAGAAUGGAAUUUUUAAUAUUGUGGAAUGUGUCUGGAGAACAUAACGAUCAUAUUGAAUGUUUAAAGCAAGAAGUUGCAAAGUGGAGAUGUAUUGCGGAUGAUUUUUCAUGUAAAACACAGGCCCAUAAUCAAUUGCAAGAGCAUCUGAUAAAUCCUGAAAAAAACAAAUUAUCACCUGGAUGGAAGAGGUGGACAUACUGUAAUGGUUUGAAAAUCGCAGAUAAUAAUAUAUGGAAUCAAGUUUUCAAUAAUCAAUUAAUGAAAAAAAUUGAUCCUAUGAUUUUAGAAUGUCUAGCUAAUGUUGAAGAUUCUAGAAUAUUAAUGCCUUAUUUUCAGAGCCAAUUGUUUGACUUUAUGUUUAAUGUAGCUUAUUAUAAACCAUCAGAGAGAGCCUUAACUGCACCUACUUUUCUUAUUAUUCUUGCGAAAAAUACGGAUCUGCUUGAAGAGAUAUUAAAUAAUUUCAAAAACAUUGUAGAAAGGAGAGUCAAUGAGAUUACAGCAUUAACUGUCAUAAUUAACAAUGUGUAUUCUAAGGGACAGUUAGACAAGAUAACAAACUUCAUUAGAAAAAAGUUUCAAGAACCAAUGAUUUUCGAUAUUGAACGCAAGAUACAAACACGCACUUCAGAAAUCGAAAGACAAAUAGAAUUUCUUUCUUCUUUCAUCGAUUAAAAAUAUAAAGAUGUAUAAUGCGUCGAUCUAUUUAGAAGUCGAUACUACAGCAUGAAUGAGAUAAGAUUUAUAAAUUAAUAUAC